GUUCCAAACAAUCUCACAGGGUUGUUCGGAAGACGGAAAAUAUUUAUUCAACCAACCUACGAUCCACGUCGUAUGAAGCAUUACUGUGUUUGGUGUCGCGAAUAUUCCUCCGGUGUGCGCGUUGAGUGGGCGUUUAUCACAAGUAAUAUUCGCUUGAAAAAUAUGUCAGGUGAGCAUCUGCGACUUUCCAUGGACUGUGUGGGACGUGUGAGUCAUGAUCAGGUGGGUCAAGUGUAGUGGACUUAUAUGUACGCUCGCAAGCGCCGGAACGAACCAGUGUACGCCAUGCCCGACGGUGGUUUUGAAGUUGUCUUAUUGCCGUUCAUCUGGAUCUGAUAUGCUCCGAUUGCUGUCAGAAAGGAGCGUGAAGAAAAUUUCCCCUCGUCUGCUGCUGGAGCACGGGACGGAAAAACGACGUGCAAACCGAGGCAUCACUGACGAAAGCGAAGGAUGUAGUCAGGACCCACUGGCUCCUCAACACCGUCACACUACUCCACCUCCGAUCGAGGAUGCAGAGCAACGUCCACGGAAUCCUUUCCGACAAGAUACGUAUGAGUCCAACUUUGUCUGUGAUUCCACAACCUUGCUGCUUUUUGUGGACAUUAUGCACGCACGCCUCUUUCCCGAUCUGCACCGCCGUGAAAUCCGUGGUCACGAUUUGAAGGAAUGCAACAUACAUUUAAUGUUCCUUGCAUUUUGCUGUUCACCUGCUCUGUCGAUGUCAUGGGUCUCCACCAAAAUUGCACGGCAUGGCCUUCAACAAGGAAGAGAACGGGCCCACAACAUCUCCGUGACUAUUCUCGAAACGGACACUGCCCAGGGAACAUCGGCACCCUCGGUGGCGAAUGUCGUCCCAUGCGAUGCAGGCCCGAGAUCGAUAAUCACAUAACAGGCGGAGUAGCGGCAAGGAGGCGGUACACUACCCGUAGGCUGUUUAAGGGAAAGGCUCACAACGUUCCA